AUGGGUGGGUUCGGGUCUCAAACCAGUUCUUAUAACAGGCUGGUUAUCGUUUUUGUGGCUAUUGGGUCAAUGACAUAUGGAUAUUGCUCUUCGAUCAUCUCUAGUACAAUCGGCCAGCCAGGAUGGUAUGCCUACUUCGGUCUACCCGCUGAGGGUGAACCGGGAUACGCGACCAUCACUACCCCCGCGAUCUCGACAGCGAACGGUGUUUUCAGUGCUGGUGGCGCUGUUGGUACACUUUUUAUAAUGUGGUCUUGUGAUUUCUUUGGCCGAAAGGCAAACAUCCAGUUCGGUGCCUUUUUUUCACUAUUCGGAGGAGCACUUCAGGCCGGCUCUAAUUCACUGGCGUAUGUCACUUCCGCUGCUUUAAAAUUGGACUGGUGCUGA